AAUUCAAUUAAAUUCUAUUAAAGUCGUCGGUUCGCUGUGUUUUUGGCAGUGGUCCGUGUCGUGCACGCUCGAACGGCAGCUGUACCGACGGCAGAAGGCCUGAUUCUCGUUCGGUGGCAACGUUGACAUCAGGGAGAGAAACGCUAACACCCAGCCGGCCCCACAUGUUGCUCCGACAGUGUAUAUGCGCACGGAUCAAAAUACUUUGAAAUUAGAACUCCAUAAAUCAGACUUGAUUAAGGUGACAAAUAUUCCACGCGUGAUUAAUUUAGAAGCUCUUCCCCGAUCAAACAGACGGCUACAGUAGUUUCCGUUUAAUAUUAAAGCGUUAAGGACAGCUCCUCGGGUCUAGUGAUCCGAAGACUGCUCCGAAGUCGGCAUCAGUGGCUCGCGAUAGUGUUCAUCGUCUACCGAAGACGCUCAAGUGUUACGAGGUAAUCAGAAGCGUACGAGGGCUGCUCCUGAAAUCGUAGCAGGCCGGACAAACAGUGAAUCUACGUGUAAAAAUAAGUUGAACGCGUAGAAUAGAAUUUUCUCAUAAGGCGCUCCAUUCGCGAGAUAAUCGAACUCGAAGGUUUAUCCAGCACGAAUUCGUUUUUGAGAGAAUUGGAAAUGAACAAUGGGAUACGCAACAUAGAUAUGCCUUCCUAAACUCUUUGAGAUGACCGAGGACUGCCGGCUUCGCCAGAAUGGACAAAAAUCAGAGGACGGAAGUGAAGAAUCCGCGGCAGAAUGCCAACGUUCUGUCGAUAAUAUCGUUCUCGUGGAUAUUGAAGCUGUUCGUUGUCGGUUACAAGCGGGAGUUAGAUGAGAGCGAUCUCUACUCUCCGUUAGAGGAAGACAAGAGCAGCUAUUUAGGGCAGCGCAUCGUGAAAAAUUGGGAGGAAGAGGCGAAACGAUGCGAGAAGAGAAAGGACGGCUCGAAGCCGAGCUUGUACAGAGUACUUUACAACUGCUUCGGCGGCUUAGUCAUGUACGCCGGAUUGUGGGUGUUUUUUAUAGAAUUUGUUAUACGAAUCGCUCAACCGUUCCUGCUAGCUAGAUUAUUGCGAUACUUCUCCGGGAAUAAAAGAGAAUGGAGCCAGGACAUGUACUAUUACGUGCCAGCGUUCUGUCUGUUGCCACUCGUCGACGCAAUAAUCCUCCAUUGGUCCCUCCAGGCGUUGAUGCACGUGGGGAUGAAAAUCAGGGUGGCUUGCUGCACUCUGAUCUACAGGAAGAUCCUGAAACUGUCCAAUUCCGUCCUCGAGAACGAAACAUCCGCUGGACAAAUGGUGAACUUCCUGAGCAACGACGUCAACAGGCUCAAUUAUUUUGUAUUCGGCAUUCAUUACUUAUGGAUCGGACCGAUCCAGAUGAUUCUGAUCACGUAUCUGAUAUUCCGGGAGAUCGGAUUCGGCGCCAUUACUGGGAUGAUAGCGUUUAUACUGGGCAUACCGUUGCAGAUGUAUUUUGGACGGAAAGUGUUGCGUUUGACUGAUGGCUCAGCGAAGAAAACCGACGAUAGGCUAAGUUUGAUGAAUCAGAUCAUCGCUGGGGUGGAAGUGAUCAAGAUGUACGUUUGGGAGGUCCCGUAUUCUCUCCUCGUGGAAAAAGCCAGGCGGAAAGAGGUGGAUGUGAUCAAAAAAUACUCCAUCAUCGAGCAGUUCGGUUUAACGUUCGACGCCUACGUCCCUCGAGUCGGCUUAUUCAUAACGAUAUUGACGUACGUCUUAAGCGGCCACAGCAUCGAUGUCGAGAAAGUAUUCAUGACAACAGCGUUUUACGCUAUUUUACGGAGCUCGAUGACCAUUGGCUUCGCCUUGAGUGUCCACCAAUUAGCCGAGGCAAUAGUGUCCAUCAGACGUCUCGAGAAAUUCAUGAUGCACCCGGAACGAUCGGUGCCCCAGGAGCGACCGAACGAAAUGGCCUCGCAAUCCAUGCCGGUCUACCUGAAGAACGUCACCGCCAGAUGGGACGAAUUCCGCGAGUACACGCUGCAGAACGUUAAUCUGUCGAUCAAGGCAGGUGACUUCAUAGUUGUGAUAGGCCAGAUAGGUUCCGGAAAGAGCAGCCUGUUGCAGGCGAUCCUGCGCGAGUUGCCUCUGGAGGAAGGUGUCCUGGAGGUCCAUGGGAAGAUCAGUUUCGCGGACCAGCAAUCUUGGCUUUUCGCGUCCUCCGUGAAACAGAACAUUCUGUUCGAUCAGCCGAUGAACGAGGCGCGGUACAACGAGGUGAUCCGCGUCUGCCAGUUGACCAAAGACUUGGAGAGUCUAUCGCACGGCGACAGGACCAUGGUAGGCGAAAGGGGGAUCAAUUUAAGCGGCGGUCAACGCGCCAGGAUCAAUCUCGCGCGAGCCGUCUACGCGGACGCCGACAUUUACCUUUUAGACGAUCCCCUAUCCGCGGUGGAUCCGCACGUGGGCAGCCGCAUCGUGCAGGACUGCAUAAGCGGUUACCUAAGUAACAAAACCCGGAUCCUGAUCACCCACCAGAUACAGUAUCUGAAGUCGGCCGAUCAAAUAAUCGUGAUGAGCAACGGGAGGAUAGCGGCCAAGGGCAGCUUCGAGGAGCUUCAGAAUACGAAUCUGGAUAUCAUGAAGAUCUUCCAGGACGUCGAAGAGAGUAAAGAGGCGAAAGAGCCGGAGGAGAGGAAGGAGAAGAAACUGGUUGAGAACGCGAAGGAAGAGGCCGACGCGGUCCGGUCCGAGGAGCCAAUCGAAGUGGCCGAGACCAGGACCGUGGGCAAGAUUUCCGGCCGCGUGUUGUUGGCUUAUCUGAAAGCGAGCAAGAGCGUUCUCCUGGUCGUCGCGAUGGUCGCGUUUUUCGUGAUGAGCCAGGGGAUGGCGAGCGGCAGCGAUUACAUGCUCGCUUAUUGGGUGAACGCCGAGGUAGCGUCGUUCGUCUCGACCGAGAAUGGUACGAUGGAUUUUCAAUGGAGUGAUCCACUGCCUCGUCACGGUCUUAUUUAUCUUUACAGUGGGCUGACCAUGGGUAUCGUCGUCGCCUAUAUGUUGCAAACGUUCGUGUACUACGCGGUUUGCAUGCGGGCAUCGAAAAACUUGCAUGCGGCGAUGUUCCGCAGCAUCGUGCGGGCCGCGAUGUACUUUUAUAAUACGAACCCCGUCGGACGGAUAUUGAACAGGUUCUCCAUAGAUAUUGGUAUCAUCGACAAAAGACUGCCGUUCACUAUGUUCGACGUUAUAGUAAUGUCCUUAACAUUCGUGGGCGCUAUAGUGAUCGUCGCCAGCGUCAGUUUCUGGCUGCUGAUACCAACUUUCAUCCUUAUCACCAUUUUGUAUUACAUGCGAGUAGUGUACAUUACAACCAGUCGCGCCGUUAAACGUCUGGAGGGCGUCACACGAUCGCCAGUGUUCGACCACGUGGGCGCCACGCUGCAGGGCCUGACGACGAUCAGAGCGUUCAAAGCCGAGGCCUCGGUGACAAGGGACUUCGACAACCACCAGGACCUCCAUUCAUCCGCCUGGUUUAUAUUCAUCUCCAUCUCGCGCGCGUUCGGCCUCUACAUCGAAACGCUCUGCAUGGUCUAUAUAGCGCUGAUCACGAUCAUAUUCCUAGUAUUCGAUGACCUGGCAGUCGCGGGCGAUAUCGGCCUGGUUAUCACGCAAAUCACCUCGAUCAUCGGGAUCCUGCAGUGGGGUAUGCGGCAGACGGCCGAGCUCGAGAACAUGAUGACCUCCAUAGAGCGAGUCUUGGAGUACAGCAAUCUCGAGGAGGAACCUUUCCUCGACAGCAACGAGGACCAAAAGCCACCCGAGAAGUGGCCCACGAAGGGGCUGGUGCAGUUCAAGGACGUGAAGCUGAAGUACGGACCGAAAAGUGCGUAUGUUCUCAAGAACAUCAACUUCACGAUCAUGCCGAAGGAGAAGGUCGGCGUGAUCGGCAGGACCGGCGCCGGCAAGUCGUCCCUGAUCAGCGCGCUCUUCCGGUUAGCGUACAUCGAGGGUGAGAUCACCAUAGACGACAUAGCGACCCAUACGGUCGCGCUGCGCGAUUUCCGCUCGAAGAUCAGCAUCAUUCCGCAGACACCGGUGCUGUUCGCCGGCAGUUUGCGCCGGAAUCUGGACCCCUUCGACGAGUACACGGACACCGUUCUCUGGGAGGCCCUCGAGGAGGUCGAACUGAAAGAGACCAUCUCCGAAAUGGCCGCCGGCCUGAACACGAAGGUGGCCGAGGAGGGCUCGAACUUCAGCGUUGGCCAGCGUCAAUUAUUGUGCCUUGUCCGCGCGUUGAUCAGGAACAACAAGAUCAUGGUGCUCGACGAAGCCACCGCCAACGUCGACCCGCAAACGGAUUCCUUGAUCCAGCAGACGGUCAGGAAGAAAUUUAUGGACUGCACCGUCUUCACCAUAGCGCACAGGCUGAACACCGUCAUGGACAGCGAUAAGAUCAUUGUGAUGGACCAGGGUAGCCUAGUUGAAUUCGACCAUCCCUACGUUUUGCUGCAAAAGAAGGGCUACUUUUAUGAUAUGGUGCAGAAAACCGGUGCCGCGAUGGCGAACAGUUUGACUGAGGUGGCGAAGAAUUGUUUCUACAGGAAGAACGAGGCGGCGCCUUGAUGAUUGUCAAUUCCAGCAGUAACUAAGGUGCAACGAUAUUUAAACUAAAUUCUUUUUUAUACGUUCAAUUUGUAUUUUUGUACGUAGGAACGACGGCUUUCGUUCUAAAGUUUCCUCGAUUCCAAAAGCAGCCAAGAAAGUAUGGUGCUCGUACGUUAAGAUACUACCUAUCAAUAAGUUGAUAACUAAUUUAGGGAAAUUUAGAUAGCGUCAAUUUUUUAUAAUCAGAUCAGUAUCACGCAUAUAUUAUACAAUGAAAACUGUGUAUGAAAUCAUGUGUUCCCUUAAUAAAAGAUCAAUCGUAUUGUCUUUAAUCCUCACAACUGUGU